AUGCCCAUCGACUGUGAGGAAGCGGCGUUUUACCGAGAGAUAGUAGAUGCGACUAAAGAUAACGCGUCGUCUAUUGAUCUAUACCAAGUACUGCGAAUAGAGCGGGAGACGACACCAAAGGAGAUCAAGAAGGCUUAUAGGAGGCUGGCAGUUCGAUGGCAUCCUGAUAAACACCGGAACGAUUUCGACAAGGCGUUCGCCGAGAGCGUUUUCAAACUCAUCGCGAGGGCAUAUGAGGUUCUCUCUGAUGAGAACAGCAGAGCGGAUUAUGAUGCGGGUGGUUUCAACGGCGGUAUUUUCUGCACUGAUGGUGAGGCGGGAGGAGGAUUCAACUGCCCUAAUCCGAAUGAUAGUGAAGCCUUUGAAACCUUCUUUAAAAACUUCUUCGAUGACACUGAUACGAGCGGUAAGCAGUACGGUGAAUGGAGUUUAAAUGAUGUAAAUAACUACACUCAGCUGAAGUAA